CUGGCACAACCCCUGGGCACUGACUGGUGCACUGACUGGCAGCACUGCUGGGCUGCACUGGUGGGUGGCACUGGUGGGCAGCACUGGUGGGUGGGCACAGGUGGGUGGCACUUCUGGCACAGGUGGGUGGCACUUCUGGGCACAGGUAGGUGGCACUUCUGGGCACAGGUGGGUGGCACUUCUGGGCACAGGUGGGUGGCACUUCUGGGCACAGGUGGGUGGCACUUCUGGGCACAGGUGGGUGGCACUGCUGGGCACAGGUGGGUGAUCUGCUGGGCACAGGUGGGCGGAACUUGCGGGUGGCACUGCUGG